GGAAAAACGCCGUCGAGAUGAUGCAGUCUUUCGGUGCGCACAAGUAUAUAAGGUCUUCCUACGUACCCAGAGCGCCAACAAGUCUGCCCAUCUCGACUGCUGUCCUCCGCUCAUGAUGGCGUCGCCCAAAGCCUCCACUUAUAGCGAGGACGCGCUUCCGACGUUCACUCCGAUGCCCUGGUCACUGCAAGAGAUACGCGCCAGCAUUCCCUCCCGGCUCUUCCUCCGCAGCACGCUCCUCAGCCUCUACUUCCUUACCCGCGACCUCCUCAUGGCCGCCUGCGCCUGGAAGGCGGCCGCCUUCAUCGAUCCUCUCUUCCAACAUGCCGUCACGAUAGACGCGCUGACGCCCUUCGGCGCCAUGUGUGCGCGCUGGGCCUGCUGGGGCAUCUACUGGUGGUUUCAGGGCCUCAUCUUUACUGGGAUCUGGGUUAUCGGGCACGAGUGCGGCCACGGUGCGUUCUCGGACUACAAGAUGCUGAAUGACGUGGUGGGAUACAUCACCCACACACUACUAUGGACGCCGUACUUCUCGUGGAAGAUCUCGCACCAUCGGCAUCACAGCAAUCACGCAUCCAUGGAGCGGGAUGAGGUGUACGUACCCAAGACGCGCGCGGAGCUGGGCCUGCCGCCCGCGCAUGAAGCGCGCGCCAUCGACUACGAUGAGAUCUUGGGUGACACGCCCUUGUAUACGCUGUUCAUGCUCGUUCGACAACAGUUGGUAGCGUUUCCGGCGUACUUGCUCUUCAACGUUUCUGGACAAAGGACAUAUCCGAAAGGCACCCACCACUUCGAUCCAAACUCCAUCCUCUUCACCCCCGAGCAGCGCACCGCCGUCCUCCUCAGUAACGCCGGGAUCGGGGCAAUGAUUGUCGCGGUCAUCGCCGCCAGCCACGCAUUCUCGUUCGCGGCAGUGGUGAAGUUUUACGGCAUCCCAUGGCUGCUGGUGACGCAUUGGUUCAUCAUGAUCACCUACCUCCACCACACCACGCCCGACCUGCCGCACUACCGCGGCAAGGAGUGGAACUUCCAGCGCGGCGCCGCCGCCACCGUCGAUCGCCCUUUCCUCGGCUGGCAGGGCCGCUUUUUCCUGCACGACGUCGCGCAUUAUCAUGUGGUGCAUCAUUUCUUCCCGAAGAUGCCCUUCUACCACGGUGAGGAGGCGACGAAGUAUCUACGGGCCUUCAUCGGGGAGCAUUACGCGUACUCGGAAAAGCCGAUCUUCGAAGCGCUCUGGGAGAGCUAUAAUCAGUGCCAGUUCGUGGAGGAUGAAGGCUCGAUUCUUUUCUACCGUGACCGCCAGGGCCGUGCGGCGCGCCGGCCUGCUCGGGUGCAAAAGGAUAUAUGAAGCGCUCAGAAGGAUAGAUAGAAUAUACAGUGUAGUAAAUCGUUUAGAGCAGUAUAGAUGGAAGUAGACCCUUCGCACCUUCCUUCUCUCAA